GACUCCAACACGGGAGCAGAAGUGAGCGGUGAACCGGUGUCGCGCUGCAGCGGUGACAGACACGGAUAGCGCGCUGUCUAUGGAUUAACUUGUCUUUUCAUCGGACUUUUUAUGUUUCACGAGUAAAGGAUCUUCCCCUCUGCAAUGUUAAAAGAUCCAACCAAAGUGUUCUCCUUCCCCCUUGUGGUGACUGGUUUCGUGUGAGGACGGGGCUGAGCGAAGGCAACCGGGGAUUCAGGCCCAAGGGCCAGGGGAUCAGGACGGCAUGCUUGCAGCCAUGCUGCGCCAGAGCUCUGGCGGAGGAUCGGGAGCUGGCGGAGGCAGCAGCACUGGCUUUGGUGGAGCCAAACUUUCUCUAGGCAUCUCCCGGCUCUCCAGCUCCAGUUUGGGCUCGGGUGGCCCUGCUAGGGCCCCCAAGAGUGGUCAGGACAGCAUUGACAACCCAGAUGGCCCCAACUCGGAUCCAAACUACAUCAUGCAGCUCGUCAGCGAUGUCCGCAAGUUUGCUGAUGUGCUCGUGCAGCUCAAAGAGGUGUUCAACUCCAAAGAGCACCAGGAGUGCCUUCAUCACGCGGUCCACGAGAGGCUGGGCGAGUUGCUGCGGGUCCUGAAGGCCAUUAUCAGCAAACACCAGAGCCUCAACUCUGUGGAUAUCCUCAGCACAGCUGGAACCGUCAUCGCCACGGUCAAAGGUGUGAACUUUAAGGAGGUGAACGAAGAGAACAAGCAGAAACUUUUCGGAGACAUCUACACUGCUAUCGACACGUUGGCAUUCACAUUUGGCAAUGUAGUGUCUGACUUCCUUAUGGGAGAUGUAGAGAAUGGAUCGGUGUUGGGGCUCCCCCUGACUAAAAGAAGCAGGUCUUUUGAGAACCUCUCUGUGGAAUCUGGAGGAUCCGGUCCUGAGAAAGAUGAUCCGCCAGGGCCGUCUCCCCCGGUUCGAGCCGAGGAGGUGGACAGGACGCUACAGCGGCAGGACAGCGGGGUCGAGUCUGCGCUGCUCUACGCCAAAGCCUGGUCCAAGUACACCAAGGAGCUGCUGGCGUGGGUGGAGAAGCGGCUCAGCAUGGAUAUUGAAUGUGCAAAAAGUUAUGCCAAAAUGGCUGAAACUGCCAAGACUCUUGCAAGUCAACAGGAGUUCAUGCCGUUUCAUGAGAUCUACAUGACGGCUUUCAAAAAUGACAUUGAAUACAGUCAGCUGGUGCUUCACACUGCAGCCGUUCUCCAAAGCAACAAGUUCAUACAGCCUCUCCUGGCCAGAAAGAACGAGCUGGACAAACUACGGAAGGAGGUCAAGGAGCAAUGGCAGAGAGAGCAAAAGAAAAUGCACGAAGCGGACAGCGCUCUGAAGAAGGCUCGGCUGCUGCAGGCCCAGCGGCAAGAGGAGUACGAGAAGGCCAAGGUGGCCACCAGUCGUCUGGAAGAGGAGCAGAGCGCGGGAGCAGGGGGGCCGGCCACGGCCAAACAGCUGGAGAAAAGACGCAGGCUGGAGGAGGAGGCUCUGCAGAAGGCUGAGGAAGCCAGAGAGCACUGCAAAUCCUGUCAGAUCGACGUCAGUGUGAAGAGAGUUGAACUUGCCAACACCAAGAGUGAGAUCAUCACUCAGAUCCGGAAGAUGGUCUCCCAGUGCGACCUCACCCUAAAGGCUGUGACCGUCAACUGGUUUCAGCUCCAGCAGGCGCAGGUCGUGUCUCUGCCCGUCAACCACCAGAGUCUCUGUGAAAACGGCAAACUGUAUGAACCUGGCCAGCGCUACAUCGACUUCGUCCGGAGUUUGUCCACCAACGGUCCUCGUCAGGAGUCCCACUCGUUGGAUUCACCAGUCACGCAAAACACAGGGCUGCUUUUCAACAAGCGCUCGCUGACCGGCAGCCACUCCUCCCACAGUAACCUGUCGCAGGCAUCGGUGAGCUCGGACAUCCUGGGUGGAGACGAUACGGACGGCUCCGUCAAUUCCCAACAUGCCAAGGUUGCAGAAAGACGGUCAAACGGUAGCUCCGAUAUCCAAGCACUUCGGGUUCAGGGCUCGUCUCGGGCCUGGGGCUCGGCCAGCCUGGGCGGGGGGAUGUGCAGCGACUCAGAAAGUGCAGGAGGAAGCAGCGAGUCCAGGUCCAUGGACUCGCCCACAGCAAGUCCUGGGGACUUCAAAAGGCGAUUACCCAGAACCCCCUCCACGGGCACCAUGUCGUCUGCUGAUGACCUGGAUGACAGGGAGCCUCCGUCACCCUCCGACAUCGGUUUAAAUGAGAUGGUGAUCGAGACCGCCAGCUCCCCAGGACCCUUUAGAAACACCCUGAUGUCCAAGGCGGCUCAGACCCACAAGCUGAGGAAGCUUCGAGCGCCAUCCAAGUGCAGGGAGUGUGACAGCCUGGUGGUGUUUCACGGAGCAGAGUGCGAGGAGUGUUCCCUGGCCUGUCAUAAGAAGUGUUUGGAAACUCUGGCCAUACAGUGUGGCCACAAGAAGCUCCAGGGGAAGCUCCACCUCUUCGGCAUCGACUUCACGCAGGCGGCGAAGAACAGUCAAGACGGCAUCCCCUUCAUCUUACGGAAGUGUACGUCGGAAAUCGAGAACAGAGCGCUCAACAUUAAGGGGAUCUACCGCGUGAACGGGGCCAAGUCUCGGGUGGAGAAGUUGUGCCAGGCGUUUGAGAACGGGAAGGACCUGGUGGAGCUGUCUGACAUGUAUCCCCACGACAUCAGCAACGUCCUCAAACUCUACCUGAGACAGCUUCCGGAGCCUCUCAUCCUGUUCCGUUACUAUAACGACUUCAUCGGUCUGGCCAAGGAGAGCCAGGGCAUCAUCGCGGAGGAGCUGGAAGCGCUGCGGCUCAGUCCCAGCCCCGCGAGCCCAGCUCAGUUCAGCGUCGAACUCAACCGAGUGCUGUUCAAGGUCAAGGACCUGCUAAGACAUCUGCCUCCAGCUAACCACAAGACUCUGCAGUUCCUCAUAGAGCACCUGCACAGGGUGACGGAGUGCUCAGAGGAAAACAAGAUGACAGCCAGCAACCUGGGCAUCAUCUUUGGCCCCACGCUGCUCAAGCCGAGGCAGGCAGAUGCUGAGGUUUCCCUCUCCUCCCUGGUGGAUUACCCCUACCAGGCUCUCAUCGUGGAGCUCCUGAUCAGACACUACCAGAUGGUGUUCGACACCCCGCUCAGUCCUCUCAGCAGCACCUCGCCCACAGAAGUGGAUGCCCAUCACCGCCCAGAAACCCGCCAAGAGAAGGAGCAGCAGCUGAGCAGGCACUCCAGGUCGCUGGGAGACAUCAAAGAGCAGAGCUCUAAGGUGUUUAAGAGACAUUCCUCCGUAAUUCCUUCUUCACACUUACUGGCAGAAGUUCAGGAAACUGCUCCGAGCCUUGAUGGAAGUGACUUUGAACCUGCUGAUGAAACGGACUCGGAGACGCCCAAUGGGGUUUUGUCGUCGUGUGUCGCCGAGGCGCGGAAACCGGGUGAGAGAGGCCUGUGCCGCUCUCAGCACGUCACCGUCACCAGGGUGCAGCUUCGACACCCUCGCAACAAACUGUCGUCCCGGCCGGUGAGCCUGCCGGCCGAGCGGGUGCUCCACCGGGGAAACUCGGACGAGACCAACGCCUGCAGCGGCCCCGACACGGAUGACAAGAAGCGGGGAAGUUGUCACCACUCCAUCGAAGAGGUGGAUGAGACCGAGAGUGCGAAAUUGCGAGUCGGCACGCACUACCGGAGUACUUUCAUUGACACGCAGACGUUGCGCAGGACAUGGGACAAACAGUACAAGCACGAGGUCGCCUCCAGAGCCGUCAGACUGGCGGCCAGUUCGCCCACAGAGAGUACGGCAGCGGACGCCAACAGCUUAUCAACUUCUGUGCCAUCAAGCUUGUCCCUCGGCUCGGCGGGGAGCAGUAUUAGCACCAUCUACCCCAACAGACCUUACACGGUUGCAGUGCGGCCGAGCAGGACUUUGAGACGGGAGGACAACAUAAAUAAUUACAGCACUGUUGCAACUGCUUUCAGGGCUCCCAGGACUCUCCAGCCUCCCCCAGGAACUUUCUACAAGCCCCCGACGGGGAACAAAGCUAAAGCGCUGCAGAACUGUGUCUUAACCAACAGUGCUGAGGAGGAAGACGAGGACGAGGAGGAGGAUGAGGAGGAGGAGGAGGAGGAGGAAGAGCUGGGGAUUGAGAUAGAGGUGUCGGUGGAUGAGCCUCUUGAAGAGGACAUGGAUGUGGAGCAGGCCACCAUGUCUCAGUCCCCCAGUUCCAGCCCUGAGGAACUGGGCCAAAACCAGGCCAAACCAGUGUACCCGAGACUAAGACCCAGACGCCUGCAAGAGGUGGAGCACAGAGAGGCUCAUUUUGUUUGAUCCACUGAAGGUCGCGGGUUGUCGUGUUGCUAUCUGAAACAGGUCGAAUGUGAACCGUGUGCCAUGUUGUGUAGAAACGAACCUAAGAAGCGUCUGCAGUGACUCUGCACAAGAGACAGCCAGACGUACGGCCGCUGGUACUCGGUGUAGGACUUCUGUACCUGCUCUUGUACAUUUGAUCCUCAGAAGGCAAACAGGAUGCACUUAAAAGUAUUUUAAAAAACAAUAUAUUUUCAAGAUAAUUCACAAUUCUUUACCAAUCACAUACUCAGUACACUUGGCACCUCAUAGGAAUAUUUAUCUUUUUUUUUUUUUUUUUAUGAAACUGUGCAAUUACAUUUUUGUUUCAUAUUUUGUACAAAUUUAUGUUUAUAUACCAAAAAACUAUGUUUGAGUUGUUACUUUAGUGUUUAUACUGUAGCUACAAUAUAUAAAGAGCGAAUCGGUGCACUUACCUGACAUCAAUACUCUUCCAUGGUUUUCGUUGGAGUUGUGUCGUACCUACUGUGAGUAAGAGUGUUUUAAACUGUUACAUGUAGGUCAUUAUUAAUUGUUUUUCUAACUCGUCUGUAAAGAAAUGUUAUGGCCUUUAUCACAAGAUGUUCUGGACGUCUGUAAUGAAAAAGAAACUGCAAAGGUUACCCACGUGUUUUUAUAAUGUUGUCAACUUGUCUUAAAAGCUUUUCCACAUGCCUGUGCUUUCUAUCCUGGCAUUUCUUUUUGUACAUUUUAAUAUAACAUUUGAAUUUCUUUAAUAGCCAAAGCUGUUUUUACACCUUUUAAGUAGUCUUAUCAAUAACCUAAAUCUUACAGGUUUAUUUUGUAAGUAAUAGGACGCAAAUCAUUUAUUUAAAUAGUACUUGGUUUUCAUGGUGAUGUACAAGGCUGACAGACUGUUGAAAGGUUUCCGUGUAAGAAAACGGGUACAUUAAAACAAACACCCUUUUGUAAGUUAUUAAAAUAUAUCCAACAACUUGA